GAGAGAGGGAACCCAGGCAGACAGGGCCAUUCAGAAGCUACAAACACUCUGGACUGUUUUCUCCUUUCUGUGUGUUUGUGAGAGUGUGUGUGUGUGUGUGUGUGUGUGUGUGUGUGGCAGCCCUGUCAGCCUUUUCACCACAAGAGAUGAGUGCCAUGGCAGGAUGGCACUGACAUGCCCCAGAGCGAGGGCGGGGAAGAUGCCGCCACCGGCCGUUCAGCUCUGGGCGGCAAGCUGGGUACUGGCACUGGUGGCAUUGGCCGGGGCUGCGGUGGCGGUGGCGGUGACGCCAUACCCACCAGGGAUGCGCCAGGAGAAAGCCUACAGCUUCGGGAGAGGCUUCCUGGGCCUGGAUAAGUGCAACGCGUGCAUGGGGACCUCUAUAUGCAAGAAGCUCUUCAAGGAGGACAUACGCUUUGACAGAUGGCUGUCCUCGGACCUGAUACUACCCAAGGCCAGCCGGCAGAGUUACCAAGGCAACCUAACGGAUGACUCGGAGACGUGGCGGCCGGUGGUGCUGUCUCGGCUGCUGCCUCCGCUGCGCCACCAACUGUCUGACCGCAGCAUCUGCAGCUCGGCUGGCCGGCCCCCGACCUGCAGCAUUGAGACAGCACUCAGGGCCACGGCUCGCUUCCAGAGCUGGGCACGCUCACACCUGCUCUACCCCAGCAUGGUGCAGGGUCUGUCCGCCCCUUUGCUCCGAUGUCCAUCUCAGCGUCUGCUGGACCGUGUGGUGCGGCGCUACGCCGAGGUGCUGGACGUGGGCAGCAUGCAGAUGAAGCACUUCAGCGACAGGGACAAGCUCCGCCUGCUGUACACGCUGGCCGUCAAUCAACACCCACUCAUGCUGCAGAUGUUUCCUGGCACAGAAGGAUGGCCGUUUCCACGGUACCACGGCUCCUGCGGUCGGCUGGUGGUGUGGGCGGGCACUCGCCCCCUGAGCGCUCUCCGCUCCGCCUCCCUGGAGCAGCGGGCCGACGCGGCCUAUCAGCUACUGCACAUCGCCCAGGGCCUGGCCACCAACAGCCUGCGCUUCAGGCUCUACUACACCCAGGCGUCGGAGGACAUGUUCGGGCUGGCCGAUGACGGACGAGUGCUCGUCAUGGACGCCAGCGGCGUCGGGGUCAUCGACCUGCAGGAAGGGCUUCCCCCCGAUGACGACCACACAAGUGUGACAGACGUCUUCUCCUGCCUGAGCGGCUCUUGCGAGAGGCCUCGCCCGUGUUCCACGGUGCGGCCAUCACAGAGCUUCGCCCUCCUAUGCCGGAACGUUCUCCCGCGCCUGCUGCCCUCCAGGGACCUGCAGCAGUCCCUGCGCCUGCCCAGCAAGACUGCACAAGAGCUGGCCAGGUGUGCUGAUGGCGCCCGGUCUGACGCAGAGGUCACCCAGGCUGCACACUCCCUGAUGGACAUCCUCAGGACUAUGAGGUCGUGCAGCCCUCUCUACGGCUACAGAUACCCAGAAUGCAUCUACAACGACAGAUUCUGAUACAUCUGAAAAGAAGGAGCAGGGCCUCUUGACUUGCACAGGGAUUAUUGGCAGGAUGGGAGUAGGCCGGAAGCAAUCACUUGUGUAAAAACAAAUGGACAAAAAGUCAGCCAGGUUGAGGUAGGAUUUUCCAGGCUUGCAGAGGUGCGUUUCAAUCAGACUUAUCGAUCUUGGUACUGACAUUACACUAAAAGCAAAGACACAAUGCUUGUUGCAUCGGUUAUCACUUCAGGGUGGAAAGCACAACAUAUUCAUAACAGCACAUCAUAUUGCACAAGCAAAACUCUGAAAUCCCCAAAGUCAGCCAUAAUUGAAUACUCAACACAGGAGAGUGGAUUUCAGUAAUAAAGACAACUUUGUUUAAUAACGCAUAAAACAUCCUUCAAACAAUAAAACAAUCUUACUGAGGGUUUUCUGUA